UUUGCUUCUGAUUCGGUUAUGGAUUUUGAGAAUCAAGGUCAAUCGUCAUCUUUUGUGGAUAAUGUGAACGAAUAUGAAGGCUAUACAAAUAUUGCUUGUAUUAGUACUGAUGACAAUACCAAUAUAAAUGAAACAGCAUUAGAACAAAAAAAUGACUCUAUCGAUAAGGAAAAUAGUGAGUACUAA